AUGGAAAAACCUAUAAAACAUAAUGAAAAUGAAGAUUUUGGAGAUUUUGAUCAAAAUUCAACCUCCAUUUCUUCAAAACCUACAACCAAACCUAUUAAGAUAGGGUUUCUUUACAUAAACCCUGAAGAAAAGAUUCAUAGAACUUUACCUUUAAGAGUUAUUAAUCUUAUUGCUAUAGGUGGAUGUAUUGGUACUGCUUUAUUUAUUACCAUCGGUACUGCUUUAACUGCUGGUGGUCCAUUAUCCUUAUUAUUGGCUUACUGUUUUUGGACUGUAGUUAUGUUAAUUUUGACCACUGCUAUAGGUGAAAUGGUCAGUUACAUACCUGUUCCAUCCCCUUUCAUCACUAUGGCUGGUAGAUGUGUGGAUGAAGCAUUGGAAUUCUGUUCUGGUUGGAAUUUUUACCUUAUGGAAUCAUUAUAUAUUCCUUUCGAAAUUGUUGCUGUUAAUGGUAUGAUUCAUUAUUGGAGAGAUGAUUAUAGUGCAGGUAUCACUUUAGCUUUACAAAUCUUCCUUUAUGCCAUGAUUAACAUUUUCGCUGUUAGAAUUUAUGGAGAAUCUGAAUUUUGGUUAUCUUUAGGAAAAUUAAUUUUAGCUAUUGGAUUAUUAUUCUUCACUUUAAUUACUAUGUGUGGAGGUAAUCCUGAAAGAGAUGCUUUUGGUUUCAGAAAUUGGAGAGUACCUGGAGGUCCAAUGGUGGAAUACAUUAAUACUGGAGAUACUGGUAGAUUCCAAGGUUUAUUAGCAGCUUUAAUUCAAUCUGCUUUUACUAUUGUCGGACCAGAAUAUUUAUCUAUGGUAUCGUCAGAAGCCAUGAAUCCAAGAGUUACUAUGCCAAAAGCUUUCAAAACCGUGUUAUAUCGUUUAGUGAUCUUUUAUGUUCUUGGGGCCUUUUCGGUUUCCAUUUUGGUGGCUUACAAUGAUCCAACUUUGAACAAUGCUUCAACUUCUGAUGCUGCUGCAUCUCCUUAUGUUGUUGCUAUGAAGAACUUAGGUAUUACUGCUUUACCAGAUAUUGUGAAUGCUGUAAUUAUUACCUCAGCUUUCUCUGCUGGUAAUUCUUAUGUUUAUUGUUCAUCCAGAGUGUUAUACUCAUUAGCUAAAAGAGGUUUUGCUCCCAAAUUCUUCAGUUAUUGUACAGCUUCCGGGGUUCCAAUUUUCUGUAUCUUUGCAGCUAUUUGUUUCGCCUUAUUAUCCUUAUUACAAUUAGGUAGUGGGUCAGCUACUGUUUUGGGUUACCUUGUUAGUAUUUGUACUGGAUCUCAAGUUUUGAAUUAUGUUUUCAUGGCUAUUACUUACAUUGGGUUCAAUAGAGCUUGUCAAGCCCAAAAUGUUGACAGAAAUGGUUUCAAAUAUAAAGCUUGGUUCCAACCAUAUGGAGUUUAUUUCAGUUUAACCUUCUUGGUUAUUAUGGUGGGUAUUUUAGGUUACACCAAUUUCUUACCAGGAAGAUGGGUUACUUCAUCAUUCAUUUUCAAUUAUAUUAUGGUAUUUGUUAACAUUGCAUUAUUCCUUUUCUGGAAAUUUUUCAAGCAGACUAAAUUAGUCAAACCUGUAGAUGCUGAUUUAAUAAGUGGAUUAGAUGAAAUUGAAGAGCAUGAAUAUGAAUAUUAUGCUAAAUUAGAAAGUGAAGGCACAAAAGAUAAUACGAUAUUUAAGAAGAUUAUGAGUUGGGUAUUUUAG